UCUCAAUUACGUUCAUUAUCGCUGUAUGCUUUCAGAUGUUAUCUUUGGUAUUAGUGUCAAGUAUAAUACAAGUGUUUUCCAUUUGGAGCAAGUUGCCGCGAUUUGCUAUGCAGCGUUCCUAGGAAGCAGCGCAUUAAACGCGGUCAAUCUCACAUCGGCGCGCAACACGUUCUAGGAUCUAUAUCUUCUCCUUACCCCGUUCCACCAACCUCUCACCGGACACUUUUCACUUUUUCUCUCCUCCUACCGUUCUCGAUUCUUCCUCUCGCGCUCUCCCUCGGACCGCAGGGGAGACCGUUAAGCUUCCAUCGUCAUGUUCUUCGUCUCGGCCGAGAGAACUCGUACGUGCAGCCUACCGCGCGUCCUUCCGUGGGGACCGGAUGCGGAGGGGGUCACACUGCAGAGUCCUGCCGAACGCGGUAUGCACGAGCGAGUAACUUCCACAAGAUGGAAAACGGCGAAGGGAGAUUGGCUGAUUGGAAAGAGGAGGGUAUAAUAAUAGCGAAGGAGGAACGAAAAUGCAUCUACGUUCAGUGGCGUAGAUUGACUAAACUAAUUCAGUGGCGUAGAUUGACCAAAAAGGAACAAAAGGAUCGAAAGGACCUUGGAAUCGCGAGUCGACUUGGAGAUCAUGUAUCGUUAUUCAACAAAAGAACGCAACAUUUAUCAAGGAAUCUGAAAACGAUAUCUUCUCGCCGGACACUGUUUUCGAUAAAAAGUUCUCUCACUUGUAUCAGAAUUUUGCUAACAUUAUAUGUUUGUUAGGUAGAAUUUUCCAUUCAUUUUUAAACACCUCUUGUUACAGGUUUAUUCCGAUUGAAAAGCAGUUGUAAAACGUUCUCGUUUCCGACAAACGUACUUUCUAGUUUUUGAUUCUUUUUAACAUUGCCGCUGAAGAAACUUCCGGUGUUCCGUAAGUUUCCGUGGCUACGCCGUUGCCCACGAUUAUGGAAGCACCGUAGUUUGUGUCUAGGAUUUAUGAAAAAAAAAAAUGCCAUAACGCGCUGUGUACGUCGGGCGAGCACCAGACGCGUGUGUUUCACUUUUCCGCGAGAGUGCAGAGGGGCUCGCUCGAUACGCGUCGGGGGAAAGCGGGCUAUAAAGACAGUGGCAUCUUGGGGGGAAGCAUUCAGUAAAGUCUGGACAUUGACCAGAUCGUGAGACUUGGUCGACAUGAGAAUUUUGUUUCUCACGGUAUUGGUAGCGGGGCUACUGGCCUUGGCCGUGUGCGAGAAGAAAAAGCAAGUUACAAAUAAGAAGAUCGAAAAUGCUGAAGGCGGAGAGAAAAAGCAGGAUAAGCGCGGAUUGAGUCACGUCGAGGCAGACUUUGGAGGACACGACGACGGUGGUGGUUACGGCGACGGUGGCGGUUACGGCGACGGUGGCGGUUACGGCGACGGUGGUGGCUUUGAAAUUGCCCACGGCGGAGAUAUCGGCGGCGGAGAUAUUGGUGGCGGUCACGACAUUGGCGGUAGUUACGGUGGUGGUUAUGAUGGUGGUUACGGCGGUGGCGGUGGCGGUGGCGGUGGAGAUGACGGUGGCAAGAUCAAACAGAUAACGAUCGUAAAAACCGAGAAGGUGCCUUAUCCGGUCGAGAAGAAGGUUCACUAUCCGGUGGAGAAAGAAGUACGGUAUCCAGUUAAAGUGCCGGUACCGCAACCCUAUCCGGUCGAAAAAAAGAUCCCCGUGCCGGUGAAGGUUUUGGUAAAGGUGCCGGUUCACAUACCACAACCAUAUCCGGUUGAGAAGAAGGUGCCCUAUCCCGUUCACGUGCCGGUGGAGAGACCGGUACCCUACAAAGUAUAUAUUCCCCAACCGUAUCCGGUCGAAAAGAAGAUACCGUAUCCAGUGAAGGUCCCGGUGCCGCAGCCCUUCCCAGUAGAGAAGCCCGUGCCGUACACUGUGAAAGUUCCGGUGCAUGUAGCGCAACCCUUCCCCGUGGAGAAGCCGGUACCGUAUCCCGUAAAAGUGCCCGUCGAUCGACCGUACCCAGUACACGUGGCUAAGCCGUACCCAGUCCCAGUUGAGAAACCCGUACCCUAUCCGGUGGAGAAGAAAGUACCAUACCCAGUCAAGGUUCAUGUCGAGCGACCAGUAGGUGUACCAGUGGAGAAGCCAGUGCCCUAUCACGUUAAGGUACCAGUUAAGGUGCCGUAUCCGGUGGAGAAGCCGGUACCCGUGCCGUACGACAAACCGGUGCCCUACGCCGUAAAAGUGCCUGUCGAACGACCUGUGCCGAUUCACGUGACGAAGCCGGUGGCCGUGCAGGUGCCCAAGCCGGUACCGUAUCCCGUAAAAGUGCCGGUGGCGGUACCAGUGCACGAGCACGAGCACGAAUCCGGAUCCUCAGGGGGUGAUUACGGCGGGGGGGAUUACGAGUCUAGCUUCGGGGGACACUAUUAAUAUCAAAAAGUGGGGCAGUGGAGGAUUUUCGGUUCGCAAAAGAAAUUAAGAUAAGACGAAUUAAGUAAUAAUCAAAAGGAAAUUUGUGUUAAUUCGAUUUAACGCGAUUUCAAUCACAAUGUUGUACAUAAAAAUAUUAAAAUGUAUAUAUUUGCGUGAAAAACUAAAAUUAGAUCGUCGUGUUAUUAAUUUGUAGAAAUUAAAUUAGGAAUAUAGAGAGAUUGGAACCUAUAGAGAGAUUGGCAAAUUCUCCACUGCACCGUACGAGAGGACACGUCGGCGCGGCAUCACGGAAUAUCGCGAUACACUUAAAAAUUGUAAUAUUAUUUUUCAAUCGCAUUGCGUCGAGGAGCAAAUCAUAGAGCAAUGUGAAUUUUUAUUUUUUGUAAGGCGGUCAACGGCUGAUCUUUCACACGGGAGCGUUAACGAAGCGUUUUCUCGGCACUCGCGAGUCUCGAAUUUAUGGUUCGAAGUGCGAGUCCGCGAGGAAAACGCGGACGUAUUUAUUUUCCUAACUUAACGUCGUUCUCGCUGCGGGACGCGGCGAGAAAGAUGAGUUAGCGGAACAGCCGUUUUGCGCCGCGAAAGAUGAUUAUGGGUCUCCGAGUCUGCUUAGACAGCGCUAACGAUUUCUUAGAUAUAUAGUAUCAACACUUAAGUACCUACGAGAACACAUGUACUGUGUUUCUAACGACGUUCGGAACAUGUAACGGACGUCUCUGUACGAUGUCUUUCGCUUCUUUUUAAUAAAACCAAAGAGCAAAACGACAGCCUUGGAAUUCAUCCUAGCCUCAUUGCCAUUCUCGAGAAGAGAUCUGAAACUUAUUCAUUUUUUUUUUCAUGUGUCUUGUCCUUCAAUAAAUUUUGCAUACUAAGCAA